CUGUUUUGUUAUUGCUUCCGUGGAAAUGAAUUCACUUCCUGUUUCGAAUACAAAUGCUGGAACGAACAGACGGUCUGUUUCGACUCCAGUAUAAUUUUUUAAAUAUAUAGGCGGAGGAUUUCAUUGCGGAAUCUACUGCCACCAUGAAACUCGUACGUUUUUUGAUGAAAUUGAGCCACGAGACCGUCACCAUUGAACUGAAGAAUGGCACUCAGGUCCACGGAACAAUCACAGGAGUUGAUGUCUGUAUGAAUACCCACCUCAAAGCUGUGAAAAUGACGCUGAAGAACAGAGAGCCAGUUCAGUUGGAGUCCCUGAGUAUUCGUGGCAACAACAUCCGCUACUUCAUUCUACCUGACAGCCUGCCUCUGGACACACUGCUGGUUGACAUCGAACCCAAAGUCAAGUCUAAGAAGAGGGAAGCUGUGGCAGGCCGUGGUAGAGGCCGUGGUCGUGGCCGAGGUCGUGGCCGAGGUCGAGGCAGAGGGGGGCCCAGAAGAUAAAUGGUCCAUCUGUGUAAUCCUGCUGCAAGCCUUCCCUAUUUGGUUUACACUUAUUUCUGGAAAAGUUUGGAAAUAGAAGCCUCUUUUUUUGUUUUGUUUUGUAAUAAACCUUAUAACUGAUCAAAA